AGAAGCAAUGCUUCGAGUUUUGCUUCGCGAAGUGAUGCCUCCGUGUCACGCGACAGCAAACGCUCAAAACGGUCGCAGUCACCGACCAAACUAUUUCCUAUGUACGGGCCAGAGGGCCAAAGAUUAAUUAGAGACGCACUCAGCACGACAGCACCGCGGCAGUCCUUGCCUUCGUCCCUUUCUGAAUUAAUCCAAGAUAUCAAUGAUAUAUCCAGAGGCUUCAGCAUUAUUCCGCAAAGCAUGAAGGCAGCUCUAGAUCAGCAUCUCAAGAACACCGCGCCACUUGAUCGACUGCACGGCUUUAUGUUCUUUGAAGAUACCAAUAGUAUCAAGGACCUCGAUGAAUCACUUGAUUGGGCGUCAGCUAGGGAAGUCCUUCGUCGUGCUUUGCGCAUCGCUGAUCGGUCUGGCCAAUGCUCCCAGAUGCUUAGCGACGAGUCGGCGUGGAACAACAUGGUGCAUACUCCUCUGCUCGAACUGUUUGCUCGCGAUAUGUACAGCUGUACAAAUCAAGAACUUCUUGACUUCAUAUCUUGCACGACGACAAACGUCGACUCAGCAUAUCAUAGAUUCCCCGACACAGCAAGCCGGGUUGACUACGUCCUACGUUUCAUACCAGAACGUGAUCCUACCUUCCAUGCCCCAUCUGACGUUAUGGCGCCCUGCUUCAAUUGGACGUCCGACAGACUGCUGCAACAGUACCCACUCGCCUUUAGCAUCGAAACUAAGCGUUACGGUGGUAACACGGCAAAAGGGGAGCAGCAGAUGGGGAUUUGGCAUGCCGCUCAGUGGGAGUUUUUAAUAUCCAGGACUGGCUCAGUGGCCACAAAUAAGCUCGAAUUCUUACCAGGCGUUGUGGUACAGGGUCAUAUUUGGUCACUUGUUAUCACGACGAGGUCCCAAGCUAUAACAACUGUUCUUUGCAGUGUUGAGUUUGGAAAUACCAGCUCUGUUAUUGGCGUGCUCCAAGUCAUCGCUGGUCUGCGACGUCUGCGAAAAUGGUCUCUUGAAAUCUUAUGGCCGUGGUAUAAAGAGAAUCUACCUGGACUUUGUCAGCUCUGACUAUUUCACACUCAGUUUGACCCUCCCUGACCUUAGGCUAGCCCGGAAACAACCAGGUCGGAUCCGUGUAACGACAGAAGACGAGGUCAAACGAUUCGCUGAGCUUGUAGAGCUAGGCGCCGCUUGGCUUCCCACGGUCGACUCGAACCUAUCCGAGCUGGACGAGCUGGCCACUGCAAUCGUGAAUCUCCUUACACCGGCGCCGCGGCUGCCUUCCGGGCCAUCAAAAAACUCUACCCUACCCAAGAAUGAAGACUAGAAAUGCGCCGCAUUUCCAUCUAGGCCCGUGCCAG